AUGGGUGUCCCCAACGGCUCCGUCAACGGCCACGGCAGCUCGCGUGCUGCCAAACACAACCUCCCCUCACAUUUCAUCGGGGGGAACCAUCUCGAGCUGGCUCCCCCGAGCAGCGUCAAGGAUUUUGUCGAGAAACACGAUGGUCACUCCGUCAUCACUUCGGUCCUCAUUGCAAACAACGGUAUCGCCGCCGUCAAGGAAAUCCGCUCGGUACGGAAAUGGGCCUACGAGACUUUUGGCAAUGAACGCGCCGUCCAGUUCACAGUCAUGGCCACUCCGGAGGAUCUGCAAGCAAAUGCUGACUACAUCCGUAUGGCGGAUCAAUAUGUCGAGGUCCCCGGUGGUACGAAUAACAACAACUACGCCAACGUCGAGCUGAUCGUCGAUAUUGCCGAGCGCAUGGAUGUUCAUGCCGUCUGGGCUGGAUGGGGCCAUGCUUCGGAAAACCCCCGUCUACCGGAAUCGCUCGCCGCCUCGCCCAAGAAAAUCAUCUUCAUCGGUCCCCCCGCGUCGGCCAUGCGCUCGCUCGGUGACAAGAUCUCCUCCACCAUUGUCGCCCAGCAUGCCGGGGUCCCCUGUAUCCCCUGGUCCGGUACCGGCGUCAACGACGUCAAGGUCGACGAGAACGGCAUCGUCACCGUCGAGGACGACAUCUACGACAAGGGCUGCACCCACUCGCCCGAGGAGGGUCUGGUCAAGGCCAAGGAGAUCGGCUUCCCCGUCAUGAUCAAGGCCUCCGAGGGUGGCGGUGGUAAGGGUAUCCGUAAGGUCGAGCGCGAGGAGGAGUUUGUCUCGCUGUACAACGCCGCCGCCAACGAGAUCCCCGGUUCCCCCAUCUUCAUCAUGAAGCUGGCCGGCAACGCCCGCCACCUCGAGGUCCAGCUCCUGGCCGAUCAGUACGGCAACAACAUCUCCCUCUUCGGCCGUGACUGCUCCGUCCAGCGCCGUCACCAGAAGAUCAUCGAGGAGGCCCCCGUCACCAUCGCCAAGCCCAUCACCUUCCAGGCCAUGGAGCGCGCCGCCGUCAGCCUCGGCAAGCUCGUCGGCUACGUCUCCGCCGGUACCGUCGAGUACCUCUACUCCCACGCCGACGACCGCUUCUACUUCCUCGAGCUCAACCCGCGUCUGCAGGUCGAGCACCCCACCACCGAGAUGGUCUCGGGUGUCAACCUGCCCGCCGCCCAGCUCCAGAUCGCCAUGGGCAUCCCCCUCCACCGCAUCCGCGACAUCCGCCUGCUCUACGGCGUCGACCCCAACACCUCCUCCGACAUCGACUUUGACUUUGCCAGCGAGGAGAGCUACAAGACCCAGCGCCGCCCCCAGCCCAAGGGUCACACCACCGCCUGCCGUAUCACCUCCGAGGACCCCGGCGAGGGCUUCAAGCCCUCCAGCGGCACCAUGCACGAGCUCAACUUCCGCUCCUCCUCCAACGUCUGGGGUUACUUCUCCGUCGGUACCGCCGGUGGGAUCCACAGCUUCUCCGACAGCCAGUUCGGUCACAUCUUCGCCUACGGCGAGAACCGUUCCGCCUCCCGCAAGCACAUGGUCGUCGCCCUCAAGGAACUGAGCAUCCGCGGUGACUUCCGGACCACCGUCGAGUACCUCAUCAAACUGCUCGAGACCCCGGCCUUUGAGGACAACACCAUCACCACCGGCUGGCUGGAUCAGCUCAUCUCCAACAAGCUGACCGCCGAGCGCCCGGAUCCCAUCGUCGCCGUCAUCUGCGGCGCCGUGCUCAAGGCCCACCUGGCCAGUGAGGAUGGCAUCGCCGAGUACCGCAAGGGCAUCGAGAAGGGUCAGGUGCCCCCCAAGGAGACCCUCAAGACCGUCUUCCCCGUCGACUUCAUCUACGAGGGCGCGCGCUACAAGUUCACCGCCACCCGCUCCAGUCUCGACAGCUACCAUCUCUUCAUCAACGGCACCAAGUGCUCCGUCGGCGUGCGCGCCCUGGCCGACGGCGGCCUGCUCGUCCUCCUCGACGGCCGCAGUCACAACGUCUACUGGAAGGAAGAGGCCGCCGCCACCCGCAUGAGCGUCGACGGCAAGACCUGCCUGCUCGAGCAGGAGAACGACCCCACCCAGCUGCGCACCCCGAGUCCCGGCAAGCUCGUCAAAUUCACCGUCGAGAACGGGGAGCACGUCAAGGCCGGUCAGCCCUUUGCCGAGGUCGAGGUCAUGAAGAUGUACAUGCCCCUCAUCGCCCAGGAGGAUGGCAUCGUCCAGCUCAUCAAGCAGCCCGGAGCCACCCUCGAGGCCGGUGACAUCCUCGGCAUCCUCACCCUGGAUGACCCCUCCCGCGUCAAGCACGCUCAACCCUUCACGGGCCAGCUGCCCGAGAUGGGUCCCCCGCAGGUGGUGGGCAACAAACCCCCGCAACGGUUCUUCCUGCUCAACAGCAUCCUGGAGAACAUCCUCAAGGGGUUCGACAACCAGGUCAUCAUGAACUCCACCCUCAAGGAGCUGGUCGACGUCCUGCGCGACCCGGAGCUGCCCUACGGGGAGUGGAACGCCCAGUCGUCCGCCCUGCACUCGCGCAUGCCCCAGAAGCUCGACGCCCAGCUGCAGCAGAUCGUCGACCGGGCCAAGGCCCGCAAGGCCGAGUUCCCCGCCAAGCAGCUCCAGAAGACCAUCAUCCGCUUCAUCGAGGAAAACGUCAACCCGGCCGACGCCGACAUCCUCAAGACCACCCUCCUCCCCUUGGUCCAGGUCAUCAACAAGUACCUCGACGGCCUCAAGACCCACGAGUUCAACGUCUUCAUCGGUCUCAUGGAACAGUACCAUGCCACCGAACAGCUCUUCUCCGGCCGCAACAGCCGCGACGAGGACGUCAUCCUGCGCCUGCGCGACGAGCACAAGGAUGACAUCCCCAGCGUCAUCCAGACCGUCCUCUCCCACAGCCGCAUCGGCGCCAAGAACAACCUCAUCCUCGCCAUCCUGGACAUGUACCGCCCCAACCAGCCCCACGUGGGCAACGUCGGCACCCACUUCAAGCCCAUCCUCAAGAAGCUGACCGAGCUCGAGUCCCGCUCUGCCGCCAAGGUCACCCUCAAGGCGCGUGAGGUGCUCAUCCAGUGCGCCAUGCCCUCGCUCGAAGAGCGUCUCUCCCAGAUGGAGCACAUCCUGCGCUCCUCGGUGGUCGAGACCCGCUACGGUGAGACCGGUUGGGACCACCGGGAGCCCGAGUUCUCCGUCCUCAAGGAGGUCGUCGACUCCAAAUACACCGUCUUUGACGUCCUGCCUCGCUUCUUCGGUCAUCAGGAUCCCUGGGUCACCCUGGCCGCCCUCGAGGUCUACGUCCGCCGCGCCUACCGCGCCUAUAUCCUCAAGGGCAUCCAGUACAGCGCCGCCGGCGACCCGCCCAUCCUGUCCUGGGACUUUGUCAUGGGCAAGCUGGGUCAACCCGAGUUCGGUCCCGUUUCGUCCACCCAACCCUCCACCCCGAGCACCCCGACGACCGAGUCCUCCUCCUCGGGUUUCAAGCGCAUCAGCUCCAUCAGCGACAUGUCCUACUUCCUGAGUGAUGCCAACGGAGAGCCCCUGCGCAAGGGUGUCAUCCUGCCUGUCCAGUACGUCGAGGAUGCCGAGGAGUACUUGGCUCGUGCGCUCGAGAUCUUCCCGCGCGCCGGCUCCAAGGCUGGCGCGAGCAGCGGCACCAGCAACCGCAAGGGAGCUGGUGAGAGCAACAACAACAACAACAACAACCUCCUCCUGGCCAACCUCGAGGGCAAGCGCCGCCCGGCCCCGCGUAUCGAGACCGACUCCGAGCUCACGAGUGUGCUCAACAUCGCCAUCCGCGACAUUGAGCAACUCGAUGACAACCAGCUGUUAACCCAGAUCAACCGCUUGCUCACCGACUUCAAGGAUGAGCUGCUGGCCCGCCGGGUGCGUCGCGUCACCUUUGUCUGUGGCCGCAACGGUCUGUACCCGGGUUACUUCACCUUCCGGGGCCCCAGCUACGCGGAAGAUGAGAGUAUCCGUCACAUCGAACCCGCCCUGGCCUUCCAGCUGGAGCUGGGUCGCCUGUCCAAGUUCAAGGUCAAGCCCGUGUUUACCGAGAACCGCAACAUUCACGUCUACGAGGCGAUUGGCAAAGGACCCGAGAAUGAAAAGGCCGUCGACAAGCGGUACUUUGUCCGUGCGGUGGUCAGCCCCGGCCGUCUCCGUGACGACAUCCCCACGGCCGAGUACCUCAUCUCCGAGGCGGACCGGCUGAUGAACGACAUCCUGGACGCCCUGGAGAUCAUCGGCAACAACAACUCGGAUCUGAACCACAUCUUCAUCAACUUCUCGCCCGUCUUCAACCUGCAGCCCAAGGAUGUCGAGGAGGCCCUGGCGGGCUUCCUGGAACGCUUCGGCCGCCGUCUGUGGCGCCUGCGUGUCACCGGCGCCGAGAUCCGGAUCCUCUGCACCGACCCGGUCACGGGCGUCCCGUACCCGCUGCGCGUCAUCAUCACCAACACCUACGGCUUCAUCAUCCAGGUCGAGCUGUACAUCGAGCGCAAGUCGGAGAAGGGCGAGUGGCUCUUCCAGAGCAUCGGCGGCACCACCAAGCUGGGUUCCAUGCACAUGCGGCCCGUCGGCACCCCGUACCCGACCAAGGAGUGGCUGCAGCCCAAGCGGUACAAGGCCCACCUGAUGGGCACGCAGUACGUCUACGAUUUCCCGGAACUCUUCCGCCAGGCCUUCCAGAACAGCUGGGUCAAGGUCGCGGCCAAGAUCCCCGCCCUGGCGGAGAAGCGUCCCGCCGUCGGCGAGUGCAUCGAAUACAGCGAGCUGGUGCUGGACGAUACCGACAAUCUGGUCGAGGUCAACCGCGAACCGGGCACCAACACCCACGGCAUGGUCGGCUGGAUCGUCACCGCCCGCACGCCCGAGUACCCGCGCGGCCGGCGCUUCAUCAUCGUGGCCAACGACAUCACCUACCAGAUCGGUUCGUUCGGUCCGCAGGAGGACAAGUUCUUCCACAAGUGCACCGAGCUGGCGCGUAAGCUGGGCAUCCCGCGCAUCUACCUGUCGGCCAACUCGGGCGCCCGCAUCGGGAUGGCCGAGGAGCUGAUCCCUUACUUCUCCGUCGCGUGGAACGACCCGGCCAAGCCCGAGGCCGGCUUCAAGUACCUCUACCUCACCCCGGAGGUCAAGAAGCGCUUCGACGCCAGCAAGAAGAAGGAGGUCCUCACCGAGCUGAUCACCGAGGAUGGCGAGGAACGGCACCGCAUCACCACCGUCAUCGGCGCCAAGGACGGCCUGGGCGUCGAGUGUCUCAAGGGCUCCGGCCUCAUCGCGGGCGCCACCUCGCGCGCCUACGAGGACAUCUUCACCAUCACCCUCGUCACCUGCCGUUCCGUCGGUAUCGGCGCCUACCUGGUGCGCCUGGGCCAGCGAGCCAUCCAGGUCGAGGGCCAGCCCAUCAUCCUGACCGGUGCCCCCGCCAUCAACAAGCUGCUCGGCCGCGAGGUCUACACCUCCAACCUGCAGCUGGGUGGCACGCAGAUCAUGUACAAGAACGGCGUCUCGCACAUGACCGCCACCGAUGACUUUGAAGGUGUGCAGAAGAUCGUCGAAUGGAUGUCCUUUGUCCCCGACAAGAAGGGGGCGCCCAUCCCCAUCCGCCCCUGGUCCGACAACUGGGACCGUGAUAUCGCCUACUACCCACCCAACAAGCAGGCCUACGAUGUCCGCUGGCUGAUUGCCGGUAAGGACGAUGAGACCGAGGGCUUCCUGCCCGGUCUCUUCGACCGCGACUCCUUCGAGGAGGCGCUCGGUGGCUGGGCUCGCACCGUCGUCGUCGGCCGCGCCCGCCUCGGCGGUAUCCCCAUGGGUGUCAUCGCCGUCGAGACCCGCUCCGUCGAAAAUGUCACCCCGGCCGACCCGGCCAACCCGGACUCGAUGGAGAUGAUCACCACCGAGGCCGGUGGCGUCUGGUAUCCCAACUCCGCCUUCAAGACCGCCCAGGCCCUGCGUGAUUUCAGCAACGGCGAACAGCUGCCCGUCAUGAUCCUCGCCAACUGGCGUGGCUUCUCGGGUGGUCAGCGCGAUAUGUACAACGAGGUCCUCAAAUACGGUUCCUACAUCGUCGACGCCCUCGUCAAGUACGAGCAGCCUAUUUUCGUCUACAUCCCUCCUUUUGGUGAACUGCGUGGUGGUUCUUGGGUCGUCAUCGAUCCUACGAUCAACCCCGACCAAAUGGAAAUGUACGCCGACGAAGAGGCCCGCGGUGGUGUGCUGGAGCCCGAAGGUAUCGUCAACAUCAAGUUCCGACGCGAUAAGCAGCUGGAGACGAUGGCACGCCUGGACCCGACGUACGGCGAGCUGCGCCGCCAGCUGGCCGACACGUCGCUGAGCAAGGACCAGCUGUCGGACAUCAAGGCCAAGAUGGCGGUGCGCGAGGAGCAGCUUCUGCCCGUGUACCUGCAGAUCGCUCUGCAGUUUGCCGAUCUGCACGACCGCGCGGGCCGCAUGGAGGCCAAGGGUACGAUUCGCCAGCCCCUGCAGUGGGUGAACGCCCGUCGCUUCUUCUACUGGCGCCUGCGCCGUCGUCUUAGCGAGGAGCUCAUCGUCAAGCGCAUGAUGGCCGUCGCCCCGAAGCCCGUUGCCUCCACGGGCGGCGCUCUCCCCGUGGAUUCUUCCUCCUCCACCACCACCUCGUCUACUGCCGCUGUUGCUGCCACAAAUAGUACCGACGAAUCGCCCCGUGCCGUCCACCUGCGCGCUCUGCACUCGUGGACCGGUCUCCUGGAUGCCGAGCUGGAGCAUGACGACCGCAAGGUGGCCACCUGGUACGAGGAGAACAAGAAAUUGGUCCAGGCCAGGAUCGAGGUCCUCAAGACCGAACACGUCGCCCUCGACGUCGCACAGCUCCUCAUCGGAAACAAGGAGGGCGGCCUCAAGGGUGUGCAGCAGGUGCUCAGCAUGCUUCCCGUCGAGGAGAAGGAGGCUGUUCUCAAGUUCCUCUCUUCGUGA